AUAAUAUAACGUAAGAAACACAAAGACUUAAGAGAGGAAACAGAAAGACUUCGAUUGCCAAACUUGAGAUCUUUCAAUUUCUCAUGAAUUUUCGUCGAGAUCGUGACAUUGUAAGUGGAUUCAAAUCAACAGAUAACGAAUUUAUAAUUGCAAUCUUCCGGGACGACAGCAUCGCAACGACAAAAUGAAAUUCAGUCUCUUUGUCUACGUCACGAUUCUACUGGCAUUAUUGAUUACCCUAACGUAUAGGAUAAAUGCCUAUGAUAUACAUGAGGACAUUGAAGAUGUAAGUUUCGACAUUGAAGAAGUAAGUUUCGACGGCGACAAGAAAGAUUAUUACAAAGUCUUGAAGCUUUCAAUGUUGUUUUAUGAAGCGCAGCGUUCUGGGGAAUUAAGAAACAAUAGAAUCCCAUGGCGAGACGAUUCUGCAUUGCAGGAUGCUGGUUGGGAGGAUGAGGAUCUAACCGGAGGAUACUAUGAUGGUCAUAAUUAUGUAAAGUUUGGUUUCACAAUGGCUUUCACGACGACAGUUUUGGCUUGGGGUGCGAUCAGUUGGCCGGAAGCUUUUAAUAUCGCUAAUCAACUCGACGAAAUCCGUACAACUAUCAAAUGGGCUACGGAUUACUUCAUCAAGUGUCACGUAAAGGAGAACGAAUUGUACGGACAAGUAGGCGAAUUUUAUUUGACUGAAACGUUUUGGGGGAGACCCGAAGAGCUACCAUAUGACAUGUACAGACCAGCCUACAAAAUCAAUCCGGAACAUCCUGGCUCUGAUGUUGCCGGCGAAACAGCAGCAGCUCUUGCAGUUUCGAGUAUCGUCUUCAAAAAAGUCGAUCCCGAGUAUAGCGCCAAAUGUCUCAAGCAUGCGAGAGAAAUUUACACUUUGGCCAAUUUGUAUCGUGACUUUUAUCACAAAGGGAUACCAAAUGUGCAAAAAUAUUAUAAUAACACUGAUUACGGCGACGAGCUAGCAUGGGCUGCUAUUUGGCUCCACAAGGCGGACUCACACUUCAAUUAUCUCAAUGAUGCCGAAAAUCAUUACCAGGAUUUCCAUCUCGAGAAACGUCCGAAUGAAUUUUCCUAUAACAACAAAAUUGCCGGAGUUCAGAUGUUGCUAGCUCAAUUAACAGGAAAAUUGGAAUAUAAAAUAGCUGUUAGCGAUUUUUGCAACUUCUCAGUGCAUCACCAGACACGCACGCCUAAGGGUCUUUUGUAUAUCGAUAAAUUAGGUACUCUUUCUCAUGCCGCUAAUGUAGCUUUUAUUUGCUUGGUAGCUGCGGAUAAUGAAAUUGGUCUCUCGCAUCAAUAUUACAAAUUUGCCAAAGAACAGAUUGAUUAUAUACUGGGAUUAAAAGCAGGAAGAAGUUACGUGGUUGGAUACGGUAUUAAUUCACCGCAACAGCCGUAUCAUAUUGCAUCUUCUUGUCCGCACUUACCAAAGUGGUGUGGAUGGAAACAAUAUAGGAAAAAUGAAUCGAAUCCGCAGAUUCUUUAUGGUGCUCUAGUUUCCGGACCUAAUGAAAAUGAUGAGUUCCUUGAUAUUCGAUACGAACCUGAUUAUACAAAUGUCAGGAUAGACUAUAAUGCUGGUUUUACCUGCGUUCUCGCCAAACUGUUACAACUGCAUUCUUGGCGGUCGUGUAUGUCUCCUUUUAGUUACGACAGGCUAUUCAAUUAAAUUAAUUUGUCAUAACUGUAAUUGACAUAUGCAUAGAAAUAUUUUCGUAUUUAAAAAUUAAAUAAACUCUUUGUCGUGUGUGCAUAAUGUUC